GGAUCGUCCCGUGCGCUGGACCCACCGUUAUCCAACGAGAGAGCUCGAGCGUGAGAAACGGAGAAAAAAAGAGUGGGGGAGUGAGAGGAAAAACACACGAGGCAGGGAAAGAGAGAGAGAGAGGGAGAGAUAGAGAGAGGGAGAGAGAGAGAGAGUAAGAGACGGACAAUCGGAAAGAGGGUGGCGAGAAACGAAGCACGAGAAGAGACAAAGUUGCAGUUCAAGUGACCAUGACUACUACCAUGGCGCUCUCCGCCACCCCUCCGGUCCUCUCGCCCAGCUCUGGAGCACCUAACUCGGUGGGACUCUUCCGCACUGAACCGCUCUACACCAGCACCGCCAGUCCAUCCCUCUCACCGACCUCGCGGCUCUCCGGCGGCAUACUCGGCCCCUUCCUCCCCGGGUCCACAGCCACCUUGAGCGGCUUGGGAAACGGGAUCACCCCUCUCGGUGACGGCGGCGGAGGAGGACACGGAGGACUGAACUCAUCCGUUACCAGCGAGUGUCGGAUGGUUGAAGUUCACGGUAUCAAAGUCGCUUCUUUUAACGUGGACGGUCGGGAGUUGAUCUGUUUACCUCAGGUCUUCGACCUCUUUCUGAAACACCUGGUCGGCGGGCUCCACACCGUUUACACCAAGCUCAAACGGCUGGACAUCUGCCCGGUAGUCUGCACCGUCGAGCAGGUCCGCAUCCUUCGGGGACUCGGGGCGAUCCAACCCGGAGUAAACCGAUGUAAACUAAUCUCGAGGAAGGACUUUGAGGCGCUGUAUAGCGACUGCACCAACGCGAGGUAG